AUGGCUGGGCGCCACGGGCUGUGCCUGCUACUGCUACUGCUGCUCUGUGCGCUGCUGGGAGCCGCCACUCCCGCAGAGAGUAGUGGAACAAGCAGUUCAAAAGGAAGAAGUUUCGCUGGCCGGAAAGUUCCAACUACAAAUAAUGCCUCUGAAGAGUUAUAUGAAGUGGAUGAAUUUGCAGCAAAAGCCCUCACAGGAAAGCUGACUACAGUUUUUCUUCCCAUUGUCUAUAUCAUUGUCUUUAUCAUUGGUUUGCCAAGCAAUGCCAUGGCCCUCUGGGUCUUUUUUUUCCGAACAAAGAAGAAACAUCCGGCUGUGAUUUAUAUGGUUAACUUGGCAUUGGCAGACCUUCUUUUUGUUGUCUGGUUCCCGCUGAAGAUUGCAUACCAUGUAAAUGGCAAUAAUUGGCUAUUCGGUGAAGGUCUCUGCAAAGUACUUGUUGGAUUUUUCUAUGGAAAUAUGUACUGUUCCGUUCUCUUUAUGACAUGUCUCAGUGUGCAACGGUAUUGGGUUGUAGUGAACCCCAUAGUGCAUUCAAGAAAGAAAUCUGAAAUUGCCUUGGGCAUCUCCCUUGCUAUCUGGAUACUGAUUCUUUUGGGCACCAUUCCAUUAUACCUUGUUAAUCAGACAGCAUAUAUUUCAAAUCUUAACAUCACCACCUGCCAUGAUGUGUUGCCUGAAAAUGUUUUGGCUCAUGAUAUGUUCAAUUAUUUCCUCUCACUUGCAAUUGGACUCUUCUUAAUCCCAGCUCUCCUCACUGCUGUUGCUUACAUACUAAUGAUUAAGACUCUGAAUGCUUCCAUCUCAGAUGUAAGCACUGGGAAGAAACGAAAAAGAGCUAUCAAACUCAUUAUCGCUGUCCUUUCCAUGUAUCUCAUCUGUUUUACACCUAGCAAUGUGCUGCUUGUUGUGCACUAUUGGCUCCUCAAAACCUACAGCCAGAGCUAUCUGUAUGUGUCGUACAUAACUGCACUGUGUCUUUCUACUUUGAACAGUUGUAUUGAUCCAUUCAUCUAUUACUAUAUUUCAAAAGACUUCAGAGACAACCUUAAAAAUGCUCUUCUUUGCCGAAGUGUGCGAACUACACGGAGGAUGCAAGUGUCUCUCUCAUCAAGCAGAUACCCCAAGAAAUCAAAUUCUUAUUCUUCAAACUCAAAUGGGACCACUAAAUCAACCUACUAAGUUUAAUCCUAGAAAAGUGAACUUUUAUUACUACUGCUGAAAGGAUGUAAGUGACAAGAGAGUUAUUGUGUACAAGAGAGUCUGAAGAAACAUCUCUGCUUUUUAAUUACAUUGAAGCCUGGAUUUCGGAACUGGCAGCUGCUUACCCUGUGUAGAAAUGGUAAGCAGAUAAAUCUUCCCAGUAGACUGGAAAAAAAUCAUGACAUUUCAGAUGCUCUGCAAAAAUGCUGCUCACUUGGAAGUGAGUUGUGGUUGAAGACAUUUUUGUUCAAUAUUGAAGUUGUUAAAAAGCAAAAUGUGACUGGAAAGUUAUGUAGUGUUGCUAGUAUAUUUAAUAGAGAAAUCUGUUUUGUUUGGCUUUAACUGUAAUGUAUUAAACAGCUGAACAGAUUGUGUACACUGAACAUUAUUUGAAACCGUAGAGAGAAGGAAGGGAGAAUCCAUUUCACUGUCUUGGUGUAGACUGCUUAUUAUCUUUAGUAUAAUGUAAUUUUAUAUUGUUUUCCAAGUUAUCAUGCUGUAAGUACUAACACGGCAGAAGCCUGUAAGGUUAUGCUAUUGAGUUGACAAGCUGAACUUGUUAUCAGCUAGCACUGAGAUAAAAUGUUAGUUGAGAUUAUACACCGUUACUUAAUGCUUGCCAGUACAUGAUCUUAAAUGGGGAUAUUUAACAAAGUUUUGAUGAAUAGCUAUUUGAUUUUUAUAUAAUGUGCCUUGUAUUUUUUAAGAUCUCUAAAUAAGAUUUUUUUUUUGUUUUUAAUAACACAUUUGAGUUGGGUGCUUUCUUUUAUGUUUUUACAUGCUCUUCAAAAUGCUGAGUAGUUCAGCUUGCCUGGCUUCAGGUAACAAAGAUACUAUUCCUAACAGUGAAUUAGAAGUCUGACAACUGUAGCUGUAAUGUCUAAAUGGGUUAAGUAAAAUUUACCUAAUGACGCAUUUCAUUAGAGUGAAACUGUUCCCUUAUCUUAUUAGCAGAUAACUAAAACCAAAUGGUUCAGAACUGGGGGGGAAUAAUAAACAAACACAUUAACAAGAUAACAAACUUCAGCCUCAGUGGAUUUCUGAAAUAUCUUAAGUCCUCUUCCCUCACCCAGAAUAUUUGUGGCCACUCAGGAAUAUGGAAUCACAUUUACUUUUAAUCUGAAAAGCUGAUGGGUGUAUGUUUCGUGGUAGGAUUUAAAGGCAUUUUUUUCAAAUCUUGCAGUCCUGAUAUGUUUCACCAAGUUGUACAUUGAACUCACAUCCAGGUGACCUGUCUGAGACUUAGGCAUAGCUGGGUCCCUACAAACACAAGCAAAUGGAAAAGCCCUCAGUCCAAAAAGUACUCUGAGACAGAUGGUAUAUAGAUAGGAAAUAUUUACCAUUUCAAAUAUGGAGAGUAAAGAAGGGGGUAGAUUGAACUGUAGCAAGAAUUU